AAGACAGCGGCGUUUAGCUCCCACGCCCGGCGCGCACAAUCAUAACGCUCUCCUCAUGGGACAUGGGGUGCGCUAAGCUCAUCCGAUAGUACAACAAAACAAAUUAAUUAAAUAAUUAAUGUAUUUUCACACGUAAAACCAGUAACUGGGACCAAGUGAUAGUGAUAACGAACUGACGGCAACGUAGAAAAUUCACCAUGGAGGACGCUCACUCGAAAUCCGUGGAUGAAGUCUUAGGAUAUUUUGGCACAGACCCAGACAAAGGCCUCACUCCAGACCAAGUCAAAAGAAAUCAAGACAAAUAUGGGCCAAAUGAACUGCCUACAGAAGAAGGCAAAAGUAUAUGGCAGUUAGUACUGGAACAGUUUGAUGACCUUUUAGUGAAGAUUUUGCUGUUAGCUGCAAUUAUUUCUUUCGUAUUAGCUUUAUUUGAAGAGCAUGAAGAUGCAUUCUCAGCAUUCGUAGAACCUUUUGUUAUUUUACUAAUUCUAAUUGCUAACGCUGUGGUAGGAGUAUGGCAGGAAAGAAACGCAGAAUCCGCCAUAGAAGCUUUAAAAGAAUACGAACCCGAAAUGGGUAAAGUACUAAGAGGAGACAAAUCCGGCGUACAGAAAAUCCGAGCAAAAGAGAUCGUGCCCGGUGACAUCGUCGAGGUGUCCGUCGGAGACAAGAUUCCCGCCGAUAUCCGCCUUAUUAAGAUUUUUUCUACCACCAUCCGUAUCGACCAGUCUAUCCUGACUGGUGAAUCCGUGUCUGUGAUCAAACACACUGACGCCAUUCCGGACCCUCGCGCUGUGAACCAGGACAAGAAGAACAUUCUCUUCUCCGGUACCAACGUCGCUGCUGGCAAAGCCCGCGGUAUCGUCAUCGGCACCGGUCUCAACACUGCCAUUGGUAAGAUUCGUACUGAGAUGUCUGAGACUGAGGAAAUUAAGACACCCCUGCAACAGAAACUCGACGAAUUCGGUGAGCAGCUGUCGAAGGUCAUCUCUGUCAUUUGUGUCGCCGUGUGGGCCAUCAACAUCGGCCACUUCAACGACCCCGCUCACGGCGGAAGCUGGAUCAAGGGCGCCGUCUACUACUUCAAGAUCGCUGUGGCCCUGGCCGUCGCUGCCAUUCCAGAAGGUCUGCCCGCUGUCAUCACCACUUGUCUCGCUCUCGGUACCAGAAGAAUGGCUAAGAAGAACGCUAUCGUCAGGUCGCUGCCCUCCGUCGAAACCCUCGGUUGUACUUCCGUCAUUUGCUCCGACAAGACUGGCACGCUGACCACCAAUCAGAUGUCUGUAUCCCGUAUGUUCAUCUUUGAAAAGAUCGAAGGUGGUGACAGCAGCUUCCUCGAAUUCGAAAUCACCGGUUCCACUUACGAGCCUAUCGGUGACGUGUACUUGAAAGGACAAAAGGUUAAGGCUGCGGAAUUCGACACCCUCCAUGAAUUAGGUACCAUUUGCGUGAUGUGCAAUGACUCCGCUAUUGACUUCAACGAGUUCAAACAGGCAUUCGAAAAAGUCGGUGAAGCCACAGAAACCGCCCUUAUCGUUCUCGCCGAGAAGAUGAAUCCGUUCAACGUUCCUAAAACCGGCCUCGACCGCCGAUCGACAGCUAUCGUCGUCCGACAAGAGAUUGAGACUAAAUGGAAAAAAGAAUUCACUCUCGAAUUUUCCCGUGACAGGAAAUCCAUGUCCACCUAUUGUACACCCCUCAAGCCCUCGCGUCUCGGCACCGGACCUAAACUGUUCGUUAAGGGUGCCCCAGAAGGCGUGUUGGAGCGUUGUAGCCACGCCCGUGUCGGAACUGCUAAAGUUCCUCUCAACUCGACCCUCAAGAACCGCAUCUUGGAGCUCACUCGCCAAUACGGUACUGGACGCGAUACCCUACGUUGCUUAGCCCUGGCCACAGCCGACAACCCCAUGAAGCCCGAAGAGAUGGACCUCGGCGACUCCAACAAAUUCUACACCUAUGAAGUCAACCUUACGUUCGUCGGUGUCGUGGGCAUGUUGGACCCUCCCCGCAAGGAAGUGUUCGACUCCAUCGUUCGUUGCCGCGCUGCCGGCAUCCGUGUCAUUGUAAUCACCGGUGACAACAAGGCUACCGCUGAAGCUAUCUGCAGGCGUAUCGGCGUGUUCGGAGAAGACGAGGACACGACCGGCAAAUCUUACUCUGGUCGCGAGUUUGACGAUCUCUCAGUGAGCGAGCAACGCGCCGCCUGUGCCAAGGCCCGUCUAUUCUCGCGCGUCGAGCCCGCCCACAAGUCCAAGAUUGUUGAAUACUUACAGAGCAUGAACGAAAUCUCCGCUAUGACUGGUGACGGUGUGAACGACGCGCCCGCCCUCAAGAAGGCUGAAAUCGGUAUCGCCAUGGGCUCCGGAACCGCCGUCGCCAAGUCUGCCGCCGAGAUGGUGCUCGCCGACGACAACUUCUCAUCCAUCGUUGCCGCCGUUGAAGAAGGUCGUGCCAUCUACAACAACAUGAAGCAGUUCAUCCGCUAUCUGAUCUCCUCCAACAUCGGUGAAGUCGUGUCCAUCUUCCUGACUGCCGCCCUGGGUCUGCCCGAAGCCCUCAUUCCAGUACAGCUGCUAUGGGUCAACCUGGUCACUGACGGUCUGCCCGCCACCGCUCUCGGCUUCAACCCACCUGACUUGGACAUCAUGGACAAACCACCCCGCAAGGCUAACGAAGGUCUCAUUUCUGGAUGGCUGUUCUUCAGGUAUAUGGCUAUCGGAGGUUACGUGGGCGCGGCGACAGUGGGCGCCGCCACGUGGUGGUUCAUGUACUCGCCGUUCGGACCGCAGAUGACGUACUGGCAACUCACGCACCACUUGCAGUGCAUCAAUGGCGGCGAGGACUUCAAGGGCAUCGACUGCAAAAUCUUCACUGACCCUCACCCUAUGACGAUGGCGCUCUCCGUGCUGGUCACCAUUGAGAUGUUAAACGCCAUGAACAGCUUGUCAGAGAACCAGUCGCUAGUAUCCAUGCCGCCCUGGUGCAACAUGUGGCUCGUCGGCUCCAUGGCGCUCUCCUUCACGCUACACUUCGUCAUUCUACAUAUUGAGGUCCUCUCGGCCGUGUUCCAAGUGACGCCGCUGUCGGUGGAGGAGUGGCUGACGGUGAUGAAGUUCUCGCUGCCCGUGGUGCUGCUGGACGAGGUGCUCAAGUUCGUCGCGCGCAAGAUCUCCGACGGUAAACGAACCCUGCUUGACUGGCUCGACGGCAUGCAAUGGAUUGUGCUCAUGUGGGCCGUCUUCUUCGGCGUCAUCAUCUACGGACCCAUAUAAGCCGGUCCCGCCCGCCUUCGCCCGUUUGUUCACCCCCCUAAUACCCAUCACCCGCGCUAGCCGCUCCGACCCGUCGCAGCGGCUAGCGGCACUGUGGAAACGGAUGGACGUUGAGCUCGCGCUCACCACAGUACCUCUAACAGUUUGAAUGCUAAUCCCGGAGCACAGUGUGAGUGAUCCCCCGCGCACGGUGCUAGGGACCAGGACGCUAGUGACCGUCGAAGUGACUCUACGUCUCGGCGAACUGUGGCGCGCUUCGGCCCGCGACGUGUCCCGUAGUGUUACGUUACGUUAGGUGUAAUGUUAUGGCGCGUACUGACCGAGUGGCCGAGGCGAGUGAAGGCGCAUUGUGGGGGUCGCCGAUGGAUACCGAAUGCUCGCUUGCUUUCGCUGUUAUUCAAUCAGCGAACAGUAGGGGAGGCCGAGUAUGUUUGUAACACGAGUAACAAAGUCGAUUCUUCGGUAUCUAUUUAACGAAUUUGUAAUGAUGAGCGUUUAGUGCGCAAUACAUUUUGUAUUGUAUAUUGAUUUAUUUCAAUAACUUACUCUCAGCAAUAUUUUUUUCAGUGAUAUUUAGCAUAUCCUCUAUUUCUUAAUAAAGAAAUUUGAUUUGAUUUGAUUUUGAUUUGAUUCUUCUCGUGAGCUAUUGAUGUAAACUUCAUAUAGAAAACUUCAUCAUUACAAAUUCGCUAAACAGAUAGGUACUCAAAAUCGACUUUGUGACAUUGAUAAAUAACCUUUCCUCAAAUUCCUUUACUCAAACAUUUUCGGUCUUCCUUAUCGAUUCGCUCGUCUUCGCUGAUUGUACAACAGCGAAGGCAAGCAAGCGUUUGGUGUUCAUCGGCCAAUCUACAAUUCGCCUUCUUUUACCUCCGCUGCUCGAUCCCGUAAGCUUAGUAUAAUUUAAGAUUUUACAUCUCCCCACCGUUUAUAGAAUUUGAGCGUAGAGAUACUUUGACGUUAAAGUAAAAUGAACCUUAGUCAGCUAGGUUUAAAGUUCAAGUUCGUCCAUACAGCUAGCGUGCCAAGCGGAAGCAACCUUAGAAAGAUACAAUAAAAUCGGUGGUACUAAAUUUUCGACUGUCAAUCAAUAGUCUUUAAGUCUAUUUUACUUUGACGUUAUUGUGUUUCGAAACACAAAUUCUACCAACAUUGUUGUGAUGUAAAAUCUACUGAGCCUACCUUACUUGGCCUUAGGCGUUAGUACGAGCGGCGCGACGUCGCGCGCUCGUGUCGUAUGCAUUUCGCAUGUGCGAGACAAUAACUCCCUUUACACGAUAACGACCCUUCGGGAGUCUCGGUUGUACUUUCCGUUUUCUGUAUCACGUAUUGAUUAAUAUUAACGCUAUUACUUAUUUAUAGUGGCUGUGAGACAUGAUCGAUCCAAAUUUUUUGAAAUGUUUUUUAAAAUUUACCAGAAUCUUUAGUGAUUUGAUGUGAAUUUUGAAUUGGAUAUUAAAUUUUUUUGUAUAUAAAACGGAAAGAGCUCCGUGGAAUAUGGUAAAGUGAACUCGCACAGCUCAGUACCUUGUCCUCUUGGACUGCAGACAUAUUACAAUAUGGAAACUUAUAUAAUAUAUCUUGUAAUGUUCAUUGUUAGCUUAGAAAUAAUUUAUUGUAAGUGUAUCGUUAGGGAUGUCGUGUUUUCGACGGCUGAUCUUAUUUAAUAAUUGUUUCUUUUCUGUUUUGUGUCGGCCGCGCGGUGGCCGACUCGCGUUUCGAUUCUACUUCAGAUAUAGUCUGGUCGGUUCGCAGCUAGCUUAGUUAGCUUCGAAUUCUGCUUUUAACAAUAUUAACAAAUUUAUGAAUGUGUCUUCUUGCGCUAACAGCAUUGUAUUUAGAAGUUUCAUCUCUAGUUUAUAAUGAGAAAUGCCUCAUUUACUCACUACCUUUAAAUGUCCAGUGUCUACGGAAUAAAUAAAUAAUUAGCUAAAUAGUAUGAAAGUAAUAAUGUAAAGCUAUAUAGUCAAACUAUGUACUAAUACGAGUAUAAUUUAAUAUAAUUCUUUUUCGGUUUUGGUAAUUCGGUGAUAAUAUUUUAGUUUUAAUUAUGAAAUUAUUUCGUAACCAAUUCUAUAGAUUUGGUUUUUUUUUCAUAUCGGCCAUUGUGCUGAUGGGGCAUAAUAAUUUGUAAUGAUAAGAUUUUUUUUAAGUGGGUAGACUCAGAAAUUUAUUGUUUAAAUCUGGACACACAUUUUGUAACCAUAAAAUUAUUGUUUAACUAUAACCUAGCAUGAGAGUGUAUUGCAUGAUAUUUUCUUUUUUAAUUUUAACUGUACAAUAAUUUUGUGUGAUUGAAACUAAAUUUCCAAAUGUAAAAAUACUAUUCUCUCAAUGUAUAAGGAAACAUGAAGAUUUUUAAACUUAAACUAAAUAUACGAGGCCAUAGUUACGAACUACGUUAUAUUCCACACUGCACAAUUGAGGGCAUGCUCAAAAAUUUGUGAACCCCAUACCAUCUCCUAUUUAUAUAGUAACUAUGUACUAAACUGUUACAAAUAACUAAAAUAUACACAUUUUACAUUAAAUAAAA